GUAUAUAUACGGUAAAUCAUGUGAUAAAAAGAGGCGUAUAUGAAUGUACACUCUAAUGGGCCUUUUCACAAAUUUCUUGCAGCUGUACUGGGAACCCUAAAAAACAACCGGAAUUUAUGCCAUUUUUGGCUGUGCCGUGUACACAAUAAACGCACUUCAAAACUUUUGGCUUCGCAGUUUCCUGAACUUUGACAUAAACGUGGUUGUUGCCCUUCAUUUAUUCAUAUGUCAUUGACGGCCGACGAGAAAACACCGAUUGUUGGAGCUAGUGGUGGUGAAACAUCAAAUAGAAUGUAUACACCUCAACAAGGUAAUCCCCAAGCAGGAGCUUAUCCAGGUCAACAGCAGCCUGGUUACCAGCAACAAGGUGGAUACCCACCACAACAGGGUGGUUACCCUCCUCAACAGGGUGGUUACCCUCCUCAACAGGGUGGCUACCCACCCCAACAGGGGGGUUAUCCUCCCCAACAAGGAGGUUACCCACCACAACAAGGUGGUUACCCUCCACAACAAGGUGGUUACCCUCCGCAACAAGGCGGUUACCCUCCGCAACAAAGCGGUUAUCAGCCAGGUGUAAAUUUUGCUCCACAGCCAAGUGGUGGAGCUCAACCGCUGGGAGAGGGGGACGUUGAUGAACCUACCUACAAAGGGGAUAUUCCAGAUGAGGAUGUUGCAGAGAACCCAAAUGCUAAGAGUCAGGAUUCAGGACCGACAGCGCCCCCGUUGGAAAAGAUGGACCAGAUUUCAGGUUACGGCACAAUGUCUGAACCGUUGCCACCGCCAACGUACGAUGAUGCGACUGCAAGCCAGCCCCCUCAACGACAAGCAAUUUCAACAAUGCCAAAUAUUACAGAAGAACAGGCAAGAGAAGCUCUGUUACAGUUUGUGUCGGAGAACUGUUGCUAUGGCAAAAAUGCUGCACAAGAACUUGUCUUCACCGACAUCACUCACACCAGCGCAUUCCAUUAUACUCUGGAAACAUUUACAGAAAACAGGUCAACAAAUUGGACUUACGAACCAUUUAGAGGCCAACCAAUUGAUAGUCCAGCAAAUGGGCCAGCUCCUAGCCCAUGGGAUAUCCCAGCUGCCCCACCCUUCCUGUUCAAGAAAAAUGUAAUGAAGAUCGAAGUACCACAUACAGCAUCAGUCAAGCCUUGUCAUGACUGCCACGGUAAUGGAAGAAGGAGAUGUCACACGUGCUUUGGUCGUGGACGACUUCGGUGCAGCUUCUGUGGUGGAACUGGGAGGACUCUUGUUGCCGAUCAUCACGGCGGACACCAUGGAGGUCACCACGGAGGUCACCAUGGAAGUCACCAUGGAGGUCACCAUGGAGGUCAUCACCAUGGUCACCAUGGAGGUGGUCAUCACCAUGAACCAUGUCACCAUUGUUCUGGAUUAGGACGCAAGCGGUGCUCCACCUGCCACGGACACGGACAGAUUCGCUGUAAGACCUGUGAUGGUAUGGCUAACUUGAAGUGCUUCAUUCAGUUAACAGUCACAUGGACCAAUCAUGUUGAUGAUCAUGUUGUGGAAAGGACAGCUCUACCUGAUGAGCUCAUUAAGCAUGUUACUGGUGAAAUUGCAUUGAAGGAAGAGCAGAUCAGGGUUUGGCCUUUGAAUCAGUUUCCUGACAACAACAUUAACCAGGCAUCUCAGCAGCUUGUGAAUCGUAGCUUGUCCAGUCACCAAAUGGCCAGAAUUCUUAAAAUGCGGCAGCAAGUGCGUGUGAUACCGGUGGCAGAGGCCAAUUAUCAGUGGAAAGGCAAGAUGAGUCACUUCCAUGUGUAUGGAUUUGAACACAAGGUGUACGCCCCCGACUACCCCCAGCAGUGUUGCUGUGGGUGCACCAUUCUUUAAAUCCACCCCCUCCCCCAGCAAAGUUUCUGUGUUAUAUCUUUAAGUUAGGUUUGAAUGAGUUUUACAAAUUAUAAAAUGUCUAUUCUGCGUAAGAAUUUAGGUUUUGCUUUUAUAAAUGUAUUUAGAUACAUGUUUUAGCACUUGCUUCAAUAUAACUUUUUAAUAUUUGCUAUCAAUUCAGAUACUUACUAAUUACAAUCUCUUUCUCACUGCCAUUACUAUAAUACAAAGAUCCUUGAAUAUACCAUGUCAAUGUUGAGUUAUUGUAUUGCAGUACACCACAUAAGGCACCCUGUAAUUCUGGGACCCUCUAAUUAGAGACAACUAACAAAUAACAAUCUUAACACAGGGCUAACCCUGUAAGUGGAGACUGAAAGAGACCUCCUCAGAUUUUCAGGUCUUAAACUGGUCUCAAGUUCCGAGGGAUCUGAUGUGUUGAUUGUCUUAUGUUCCUCUUUUCUCAAUGUUUUCAUCUUCAGUAUACUGAUACGAAUAGAGCAAUGUAUUUGACAUGUUUGUAACACUCUCAACACAUCCAUCCUUUGCAGAACUAUGUACAUGGUUUACUGCAAACUUAAACUAUAGAUUAACUUGCAAACCUUUAACAAUAUUAUUUUGAGCUAAUCAUAAUUGACAAAUAUAAUUGUAAAUUUGAAAUUCUUACUUUGUGUAAUUGAGAAUGUUGUCAGCUUUCAAUUGAAAUUAGAAUAAGAAAAUAUUUUUUCUUAUUAAUUAACAGACAAAAAAUGAAUGAUUAAAAAUUUAAUAAUUUCAGUCUGUGUUUCAUUUGAAGGUGAUAGCUUGUUUUCUCAUUUUAAAGCGAACUUAAAUUUUUAGAGUAUGAUAUAAUAUAAGAAAGUAUAAUACAUACUACAAGUAUUUAAAUACAUGCUAUUGUGUUGGGAUUUAAUAUUUCAACAUUAAUUAUGUCAUAAUCAGGAAUGUUCAUGAAGUAUCAUAUAGUACAGUAUCAUACUAUUGAUAGUAAUGCUCAGAAAUAUAUAAUAUUUAUCUUUAAAUAUUAAAUGAACUAGCCAUUCAAAGAAUAAUGUGUAAAUGCACCUUGCUGCUUCUUUAGCAUAAUUGUAACUGCUUACAUGUGAUUAGGUUUAGUAUCAAUUUGAUAAUUUUUGAAGACAAAUGCAAGGGUAUGUUGUAAUAUAUAUUUUCUACCAGCUAUUUUAAACUAGAAAAUGUUUUAAUGACAUUGGGACAGACCUUGGCUGAAAAUUGAUUGCAUGUGUAUUCUUUUCUUACAGUGGAGUGAAAUGGUUGAAAUGCAAACAUCGGAUAAGGUUCGCAGAUUAUUAUAAGAAUAGUGGGGGUGGUGGAAAGUUGGGAGGUUGUAGUUAGUAGUGGUUAUUUGUUGUAGUCUUGGGUUUGAAAUCCAUUGAUUACAAAAAAAAGUUUGUGCCAAAUUUUUUUUUUCCACUAAGAAAUGGAACUUUUUGACUAUUUUGAACCACCCCUUCCCCUUCAUAAAUUCCCCUUGCCUCUUGCUUAUCAUUACAUCUUCCCCCUGCUCACAGAGAUGUGACAGUAUGAUAAUGUUAGUAAUGUUCAGAAAUUUCAUUAAUAAACAAUUGUAUAAACUUUUAUGAUAAAAAUGAUCAUGACAUCCAUUUGAUAAUUUUCUAUUAUUAUCUAAAAGUGUAAAGUGUAAAAGGUUGUCAGAAUCAAUUUGUAAAUUUAAUUAGUUCAUAAAGUUCCUUCAAAGUAUUUUGAGCUGAUAAAUGAAUUUUUAAUCAUUGAUAGAAAUUUCAUUUGGUGAAAAGUUACCUACUAUUACCAGUGAUAAAAUUCCAUGCAUGCUUUGUUUGUUUUUUUUUUAAGUUGCUAGAUUUUAAUCAAUUUUUUAGGUAUAUUAAUAAAGUAUUAAAUAUAGAUUGUUGUAUAUACACAUUUUGUAGAUCGAUUACACAAUAAGGCUAAGUUUGCAAUAUAAUAGAAAAAUAAUAUAGAAAUACCAAAUUAGGAAGAUUAACACGCAGCUCAACUAUAGAUAAUGGUAAAUUUUAGAUUUAGAUUUUUAGUAUUCAAAUUUUUGACAUUUUUUUGUUAAUGGAUUAAAGUGAUCCUUUCUGUGAAUGUUUCCGUCCCUUACUGAAUACGUAAUCAGAAGGAUAGGCCUUAUUUUUUGUAUACCAUAUUGUCCCAUAGAGCACUUGAGCAUUCUGUUUAUUAACCAGCAUUAUAACCAAACACCUGUUUGGACAACCUAGUGAAUAUUACCCAUGGAGGUCUGUCUAUGAACAUUAGUGCCCCAGGUCACUAUAAAUUCGGUAUACACGAUCUCCAUAGGCCAUUAUUUGCAAAUUGUGUACUUGAUGAAUAUUCAUAGCCUUGAUUUUAAUUAUAUAAAUCGUAAUUAUUGAGGUUAAUCACUAUUUUUUAUUAUUCACAAUGUGCAUGAGACACUGAAAAGUAUUAAACUCAGUAACUUAAUGGUCAGUAUAAAGUUUCCUAUGUUAAAAAUAGCGACCAAGCCCAGAAAGUUAUGAGUGAAAUGUUUAUGCGGCAUGCUCUAUAUAACUAAUUAAUCUAUAUAUAUAAGCUGUGUUUUGAAUUCUUAUAAUGUAGUAUUACUAUAAUUAUUGUACGUUUAUAAAACCAAAUACCACGUUGAUGAAUUUUGGAACACGAAUUUAAGCCUAAUUCAUUAUAACGAAUAUAUCGCCUUUAUCCUCAAAAUUUCUGACAGACGAAAUUGUUAUAUUAAAUUAUAAUUAUGUUCUGGAAUAUGUUAAUUAUGUUGUUUGAUUUUGUAAUUGGCAUGGAACACAUACAUGCAUGUGACAUGUUGUUUAAGAUAAAAUAAUUAAUACUAUUUUAAAGAAUUAUGUAUCAUGUGAAUAUAUGCCAUAUAUUCACAUUAAAUUUGUUAUGAUCUCGUUUUAAUAGGUUUAAAAUAAACGUGGAUCGAAAUCUA